UGUGCAGUAUUGCUGUUGCUGGUCUUUUCCUGACGCGGCCGAGUCGGAGCGAUGGCGCGCACGAAGCAGACGGCGCGUAAGUCGACGGGCGGGAAGGCGCCCCGCAAGCAGCUGGCCACCAAGGCCGCCCGCAAGAGCGCGCCGGCCACGGGCGGCGUCAAGAAGCCGCACCGCUACCGGCCCGGCACGGUGGCGCUGCGCGAGAUCCGGCGCUACCAGAAGUCCACGGAGCUGCUGAUCCGCAAGCUGCCCUUCCAGCGGCUGGUGCGCGAGAUCGCGCAGGACUUCAAGACCGACCUGCGCUUCCAGAGCUCGGCCGUCAUGGCGCUGCAGGAGGCCAGCGAGGCCUACCUGGUGGGGCUCUUCGAGGACACCAACCUGUGCGCCAUCCACGCCAAGCGCGUCACCAUCAUGCCCAAGGACAUCCAGCUGGCCCGCCGCAUCCGCGGAGAGCGCGCCUGAGUGUCCAGUCCAGGUCCACGCUGUGCGAUCCUGAGCUGUUUUACCCACACCCUAAAGGCUC